AUGCCACCCCAUCGCGAUUGCCAUUGCAAGAACUGUUCCACCAAUUCCAGCAAACGCGUGAAAAGCCAAAUCCCGCAAUCACAACCGCAAUCACAACCGCAAUCAACAAGGCAAACGGCCAAGGUGUUCAAGAUCUCAGCCAGCGACAUUUUCCCCGUCCUCAAAAUUCCCGCUCGCAUUGUCACCAAAAUCCAGGGAUACACGAUGCCGUCCUUUAUUCGUUUUGAGAAGUGUGACACCCUCAAACACUAUGAGCGAGGCUGGACAUAUGUUGAAACGCGACAUGAGCGACUUGUCAAAGUUCGGAACAAGAAGGACGGUCAUGAUCUCCACCGGGGGGGUUGGAUCAAGACUAAACCGAGAGAAAGAAUCGUGAAGGAGAUCCUCUUGGUCGAACCCGAUGAUGGACCGGUCCACCGUGGGCGACGUGCUGAGCUAAGGGGAGGUCAAGUGUUUAUCGAUGUUGCCACAGGAGCAACGAAACGAAAAGGAAGCGAAAGCUCGGACGAAGCACAGCCACCAACACCCCGACCUAGGAUUCGAGUUCGUCGUCCUCUCAACGCACAUUCACCACCGCCGGGCCACUCGACUGAACGAGUCAGGCCCGAGCGACGGCCGGCACGCGUGGUCGAGAAGAUCCCCGUCCAGCGAGCCCGUCUUGAGCGCGUUCGACCUGUUCAAGUCAUGGAAGAAAGUACCUACUGUGACGAUGACGACAACGAAUAUGACUAUGAGUACGAUGAACCAUAUGAACUAUUCGACACGGACACAAGAGAGCCUCAGCCAUACUACAUGCCGGAACCGGAGAACUCGUUCUGGGACGAUGAUCUUCAAGCUUGGAUGGUCCAACGGAAGCCUCGAGUGCGAUUCGAAUGA